AUGCCUUUCUUUGAUAUACAGAAAAGGCUAGGCAUUGACUUAGACCACUGGAUGACAAUCCAAAGUGCUGAUCAGUCUCGCAAGAUUCCUUCUCAAUGCCAUGCUUUUGAAAAAGAAUGGAUAGAAUGUUCACAUGGAAUUGAUGCUAUCCACGCAGAGAAAGAGUGCAAAAUAGAAUAUGAUGAUUUCGUAGAGUGCCUCCUUCAGCAGAAAACGAUGAAACGUCUGAGUGCCAUCUUGAGACAGCGGUAUAAGCUAAUCGAGGAGGGGAAGUUCACACCUUCACCCUACCACAUGGGCAAGGAGGAUCCUAGGCCCUGA